AUGGAUCAAUUACCAAGGCUCCCCAACCCUGUAGUUGAAGGAAUUAACGAGGGAGAAGUAGUUGUACUAGCAGCUGCUCCCCCUCUUAACGUCAUUCUGUUGGUAGAUGACGGAGAAAGGGUUAUCAGAGCCUAUGCUGCACCUGCAAUUCAUGGUUUUCAUCCAGUUAUAGCAGGUCCAGCGAUAGAAGCUGAGAGGUUUGAAUUAAAAUCGAUUAUGUUCCAGAUGCUUCAAACAGUGGGGCAAUUUUUUGGAAAUCCAUCUGAGGACCCUCAUCUGCACUUGAGGUAUUUUCUGGAAGUAAGUGACUCAUUCAAUAUGCAAGAAGUCUCUAAGGAAGCAUUGCGUUUGAAAUUGUUUCCAUAUUUGCUGAGCGACAAGACAAGAGACUGGUUGAACUCUAUGCCAGCUGAGUCCAUUACAUCUUGGAAUGAUCUUGCUGAGAAGUUUUUUAAUGAAAUAUUUUCCCCCAAGCAAGAAUGCCAAUCAGAUUCUAAAGCAGUAAAUGAGAGGAACAAUCAUGAGGCUAAUGAUAAUGAGGCAAUGGCUGCACUGAAUGAUCAAAUCGCCAACCUAACCAACAUGGUAAAGAACAUGAACACCGCCACAACAUCAUCGAAUAGCCCUGGAUUGGGGAGGAAACUAAGGGAACCGGUGAACCAGAACACUUCCCAAUAUCAGCAAAAAGUUGCCCAGCAACCAGGACUACUGAUGCCGAACCAGCAACAAGGAACAAGGCCAGCAGCCAAUUCUUCCAAUUCCAUGGAAACUAUGAUGAGAGAAUACAUGACCAGAAAUGAUGCACUGAUUCAAAGCCAAGCUGCUGUGUUUAGAAACUUGGAAGUUCAACUGGGACAAAUGGCAAACAAGUUAAAGAACAGACCCAGGGUGCAAACAGACAAAAUGGAACAUCAUGCAGAACCGCAGUUAGAAAAUAUAGAAGAGGAUACUGCAGAGAAUAUGCCAAUAGAUGAAGAUAAAAGAAAAAGAGCUGCAGAAGCAGAACCAGCGAAAGAGGUAUCUAUAGAGACUCAAGUGCAUAAAAAGGUAAAAGUGCCUGUGGAAUACAGAUCACCACCUCUAUACCCUCAGAGGCUCCAGAAGAAAACUCAAGAUUUACAAUUUGAUCGUUUUUUAGAGGUGCUGAAACAACUUCAUAUCAAUAUACCUCUAGUAGAAGCACUUGAACAGAUGCCUAAUUAUGUUAAAUUCCUCAAGGAUAUUCUGGCCAAGAAGAGAAGGCUAAGGGAAUUUGAAAUAGUGGCUUUAACAAAGGAAUGCAAUGCCAUCUUAACAGGUAAGCCUUCUAAAAAAGUGGGAGAUCUAGGGAGUUUCGCUAUCCCUGUGUCAAUAGAAGGCAAAAAUGUGGGAAAUGCUCUAUGUGAUUUGGCUGCAAGCAUAAACUUGAUGCCCUUAUCAUUGUCUAAGAAGUUAAUAAUUGGGAAGGCGCGACCCACCACGAUAACCCUACAGUUGGCUGAUAGGUCAAUCACACAUCCAGAGGGUAAGAUAGAAGAUGUUUUAGUGCAGGUGGACAAAUUUAUCUUCCCAGGUGACUUUAUCAUAUUGGACUACGAAGCUGACAAAGAAAUUCCAAUCAUCUUAGGAAGGCCUUUCCUUUGCACUGGCAGAGCUUUAAUAGAUGUGUAA